AUGACGGGCACCGGCGUCGGAACUGACGGCAGCAGCACCGCUGCGGAGUUCGACGGAGGACGCGUCCUCGUCCUCGACUUUGGCAGCCAAUACAGCCACCUGAUCGUCAGGCGCCUCCGCGAAAUUGGUGUGUACAGCGAACUGCGCCGAUGCGACACCAAGCUCGAUGACAUCAAGGCGUUCGCGCCCUCGGCGGUCAUUUUGUCGGGGGGUCCGUCGUCGGUUUACGAAGACGGCAGCCCGCACGUCUGUGACUCUUUCUUCGCGUGGGCGGCGGAGGCGGGCGUCGCAGUGCUGGGCAUCUGCUACGGCAUGCAGGAGAUGUGCCACGCGCUCGGCGGCCGCGUUGAGUGCGGAGCCAAGCGCGAGUUUGGCAGUACAUGGGUUCAGCUGCACCGUGAGUCGAACGGGGAUGCGCCCGCCGAAGGCAACGCGGUCGCGCUCUUCGCCGGAAUCAAGGCGGGCGUCGUCGGCGGCGUCGCGCCAGAGGAGCCGAAUGGAGCCCAGACGGCGGAGGAAGACACCGAGCGCGAGGCGAAGCGCGCCAAGCGCGGCGGCCUCAACGAGAUGCUCGUCUGGAUGAGCCAUGGCGACAAAGUCACCAAAAUCCCCGAAGGGUUCAAGACCUUUGCCUCUACUUCCGCGUGCCCGUACGCGGCGAUCGGUGACCCCGCUCGGCACUUUUACGGGCUUCAGUUCCACCCGGAGGUGACUCACACGCCGGAGGGCGCGCAGCUGCUGCGGAACUUUGUGAUCGGGAUUGCCGGCCUGAAGGCCACCUGGACGAUGAAGAAUUUCCUGCAAGCUGAAAUGCGGAAGAUCCGCGAAGUCGUCGGCGACGCGCAUGUCAUCGGCGCGCUCUCUGGGGGCGUCGAUUCGACUGUCGCGGCAGCUCUCAUCCACAAGGCCGUCGGCGACCGAUUCCAUGGCGUGCUGAUCGACACAGGCCUCCUCAGAAAGGACGAAGCCAAGACGACGCUGGCGAAGCUGAAGGAGUGCUUCCCGACGCUGUCCAUCGAGUGCGUCGACGCGUCUGAGGCGUUCCUGUCUAAACUGAAGGGCGUGCGUGACCCAGAGAAGAAACGCAAGAUCAUUGGCGGGCUGUUUGUCGACGAAUUCGUUCGCGUCGUCGAGGAGAAGAAGCUGCAGACGGAGAACGCCUUCCUGCUCCAGGGCACGCUGUACCCCGACGUGAUUGAGAGCUGCUCCUUUAAAGGCCCCUCGCACACCAUCAAGACACACCACAAUGUCGGCGGCCUGCCCGAAAAAAUGAAAAUGAAGGUUCUCGAGCCGCUCCGCGAGCUCUUUAAGGACGAAGUGCGCGCUCUCGGCAUCGAACUCGGCCUUCCGCACGAGCGCGUGUAUCGCCACCCGUUCCCGGGCCCCGGUCUGGCGGUGCGCAUCGUCGGCGAAGUGACGGCAGACCGCGUGAAGGUGCUCCAGGAGGCAGACGCGAUUUUCAUCCAAGAGAUCCGCAAGGCGAACCUCUACGACAAGAUCGCGCAGGCAUUUGUGGUUCUGCUGCCAGACGCUCCCUCGGUUGGCGUGAUGGGCGACUGCCGGACGUAUCAGUGGACGUGCGUCCUGCGGGCGGUUGAGACAACCGACUUCAUGACUGCCGACUGGUUCCGCUUGCCCCACGACGUCCUUGCGACCUGCUCGACUCGCAUCAUCAACGAAGUCAAGGGCAUCAACCGCGUGACGAUGGAUGUCUCAAGCAAGCCGCCCGCGACGAUCGAGUGGGAGUAG